CGUUUUUUAGCAUUUGGCUAGUUCCAAUAUUAUCAUGCACUCUGCAUGACGUUCUUAGUCAUGUAUUUUUAUUUAAAUGAUAAUUGCUGUUAGUCACUGAUGUAAACGUCGUUAUAUAACUGAGAUGUUCUACGUUGAAGUCAUUAAUGUUAAUGAAACAGUUUGUUGAAGAAAAGUCUUAAUUUGCCUUAUCUUCGUUCGUUAUCCGAAUGCGCUUAUGCAACGAAACUCACAUGGAUCAAAAGAAAUUGAUACUGAAUUAAGGUCAAAAAAAACCUGAAGAACGUUCUUUUGGAAUAAGAAAAGGACAUUGAUAACUGGCCUGCUAUCUACUAAUGACUGUAAUGAAGACUGUCUAGAAUAUUCUGUAGAAGAAAAAACAUUUGCACAUUAUUAUCCUUUGUGAAGGAUACAUUAUUUUCUUUGAGCACAACUUUCAGUCUCUAAUGGUGAUGGAAGCAAGAAUAAAAUCCGCUUUGAGCAUAGUUGUGGAUGUUUGGGAAGGCAAAAAUGGAACAUAUUUUAUUGAUGAAUUCAAGAACAAAUUGGAGACACUACGCGAAAAUUCGUCAGGAAAUCUUCGCGAGGAUUCGCCAAGGAAUCUUCGGCACAGUUUUUUGCACUUUGAAGACGGAGUUGAAAAGCUAAAACAUUUGGAAGGGUGUGCUGCAAAGCAACCAUCGUCGUCAACAUUGCUAACAACAAUGUUAUCUCAAUCUAAACCGUUGUUUGAACUAGCUGGAGAGAGGGCGAAAAAAGCAUUUGAGGAUGCGUCUUUAAGCAUCGAAGAUAAGAUAACAGCAAGCACGAUUCGCAUAGCAAGCGCUAUUCUUCAACACUUGGAUAACUGUGAGUCAGCGACAAGAGAUUUGUUGCGAUGCUUGAAAGAAUUAAACUCAUCGGUUGUCGCGGAAAUAAAGGCCGAAUCUCAAAAUAACCCAGGAGACGAAAUCUUUGACAGUGUAAUACGUAUCAACGUCAAUUUGGCCGAUUUCAUAUUUAAGCACACUAACAAGAGAAUGUAUGUUAUGGAGUGGCCCUUGAUUCAAUAUGGCAAGCAGUUGAUUCAUCCUUUCUAUUUCAAAAACAUCAAGGAAAUUACUGCCACGUCACUACCUUGGUACACAACUGACCUUCGUAAGAAUAUUGAUUUCUUUAACAAGAAAAUGAUCGUAAACAGAGAAGGGGAAUUACUUGUUUUCGAUGGAAAUGAAUUGCAAAAGCUUGACAGCAAGAGCGAAAAGUUUCAAACAUGGUGUAAAGAAAGUCUGAAUGUUGAAAAUAGACAAGUAAAAUGCAUGAACGUUGAUGAAAAUGGCAUGGUAUAUCUACUUUUGUAUCGUAAAGACCAUUCAAAUGGCAAUUAUGUGUUGAAACUUUGUUUGGAAGACAGAAUUGUUCAAAAUUGUUCUUUGCAUUUUCUUAAUGAUAAAAAAUUUAGUAAGAUUUUUCUAGCUGCCACGCCCAAUGACAAAGUGAUCCUUGCUACAGUUAAAAGUUCAAGACGCAAACGAAGUGAAAUCAAUAUAUAUGUGUGUGACGGUAAAGGUAAACGUAUUAAGUCUUUUGAACAAAAAGUUAAAGGUGGUUUUAUCAAGUCUGUUGUACGAAAAGUUAAAGGUAAACCAGUUGAUGAUGAAGUGAAAAGUUUGUCCAUUUCAUCCUGUGGAAAUAUAGCAAUUUUGACAAAUGCAUCAGGCCAAUCUUACGAACUCAUCAUUUUUAAGUUGGAUAACACUUUUGUUAAAAAGAUGAAAUUUCAUUCACAGGUUAAAGGAAUCAAUGCAUACACUCGAGUCAUUUACACUCCCUUUGACAACACUAUCAAAGGUUUUUAUUUUAAAGAGGACAAAUCACAGCUUGUUAUUGAAACUUUUUCCAUUGAAACCAACGAAAUUAAAAUAAAAUGGUCUGUAAUGCUGAUGAAUACAGGAUAUUUUUCAGAAUUAUUUGAUGGUUUGUUUCGUCUUGUUCAUCAUGCAAAUGGAAAGGUGGCUUUGCUUUCAAGUGAAAGGAUAAUUUACAUAAUCAAAGGGAGCAGUGAGCAUUAUGGCAUGGAAGUGAGCUUGGAAUGGAAAGGACAUCCCGAUGCUACAGUAGUGAGUAAUGUUCCCGAAGAUAGUGAUCUCUGGGAAAUUGCUGAAAAGAUAUAUCCUCAAUGGCUGGAGCUUGCUAGAAUGCUGGACAUACCAGAAGAAAAUUUGCAAAAGAUAUGCUCUGUAAAUAAUAAAUUGCCAUUGGAAAUGCUUUUGAAGUGCAAAAUAACAGAAAGAAAAAAUGCCACCGCGAAUAUGUUAGUUAAAAAUUUAAAUGCCUUUGGCCAUCGACAAGACGAAUGCGAAAGAACUCAUCAGGGAUUCCCACGCCAGCUGGAAGAUAAAAAUAAAAAUACAAAUAUGGACAGCCAAACACAUACAACAGAACCUGAAAAUGUGACGGACACCAAUGAAGUUUUUAAAGAAAAGUUCCUCAACGACGAUUACAACAUUCGAGAUGAAAUUGUCAAUACCCUCCAAAGUUUCGUGCGGAUUAACGGAGCUGUUAGAAUAUCUGUUCCAAACCAAGAGAUACCUUAUGAACAUUUAUUUAUUACAGUUGAUAAACAGGAAAAAAUGUUGGAAGACAAUAUAAAAAAAAGGAUUGAUUCUAAAUUUGGAUGGAAAGCUUCAAGAUUCAUCGAAUUACGAAGUUCAGCAUCGAAACCAUUAAAGUUAACAUAUUAUGGUCAUCUUUGUUUAUUAAAUACGUUUCGAGAUAUUAGCUGUGAGCUAACAAUGCUCAGUAGUAAAGAUAAAAACUAUUUCGCUUUGACCUGUGCACAUAUUGGUUGUGUCAGUCACCGAGUGGAAGAUCAGGAAAGCGAUGUUUCGAAAAUAAUUGAUACUGUUGAUGCCAGAAAUAACAAUAAUUGUAACAAAUAUUUCUGCCAACCGCCCAAUUGGGAAGAGGAGAAACAACUGGGUACCUUUCCCUGCAAUACGGUUAGUGUGUUUAAUGAUGAGACCGAUUUUAUGUCUAUUCCAGUUGGAAAGAAAGAAGAUUUUCAGCGUCUCGGUGGAGAUGAUAUGGAGAAUCUUGCGUUAAGAUUAAAAGAAAUGAACAAAGAGCUUUAUGAAAGAUUACGAAAUGGCCAGGGUUUUGUCGAAGUUCGUACAAGUAAUCACACCAAGGGCUUCAUAAGUGAACGGAGUUAUUCAUAUUUUGGUAAAACUUCGAAGGAACCGAUUUUCAAAAAUGCUGUUAAAGUGAAAAGUGAUGGCUCUUUUCUCAAGGAAGGUGACUCGGGAAGUCUUGUUUAUUUAAAGGAUCGAGAAAAUGUUUGGCAGCCAUUUGCUUAUGCCGUGUGCGAAAUAAAUGAUGACGAAGACGAUGACGAUCAUGAUGACGAUGAUAGUGAUGAUUAUGAUGAUGAUGAUGAUGAUGAUGAUGAUAUCAUAGGCUGCAAGAGAACCUAUAUAUGCUUAAAAUUGUAUAAAGCAUUGGAGAUAUUUGAUCUAAGAGAUGGGAAGUUCUUUAUAGAACCCAAAAAUAGCAACUGUGGCUUUCCGUCUGAAAAAAAUAGUUUACCUGGUGAAUUAACAGAUGAAGAAAAUUGUUAUGAACAUCAUGCCACUCGACAAUUACAAACUGAUUCUGAACUGGAAUCAUUUCGUUCAAAUGUUCAGGCAUUUCAAAUGCUGUUGCAUUGGAAAAAGGAAAAAGGAAAAGAUGCUACUAUAAAAAAAUUGGCAGACGCCUUAAUCAGUAUAGGUCGUUUGGAUCUUUUAGAGAAAUUUUUACAAGUUGAUAAAGAAUCUAACCAAACCACGGAGAAAAAUGAUUUGAAUGAUUUUGACAAAGAAAAGAAAAAUGAGGAAAACGUCGCAGAUAAUAUCGUCAAAGAGGAAAACGUAAACACCUCAAAAGAUAGGAUUGAUCAUGUAAAGGGUCAAGAAAAUCGGAAGAACGUUCUUUUGGAAAAAGAAAAGGACAUUGAUGGCCCAAAAGAAUUUCGUCAGGAUUUCGAAUUGGGCGUAACUUCCAAUAAAACAGAAAAGACUUCUCAUAAAACAAAACAAAAGGCAAUAUCUGAACUAUGCGAACGUUUAGGUCUUAAAACAAAACUUACAUCAAAACAUGCACGUUCUGUUGGAACGUUUAAUGACGACAAACUGACUUCUCCUGACCAAAUUCCCAAUUAUAUUCUUAAAAUGUUAAUGAUGGCUAAUCACCAAGCACUUGAAUUUAAACUGGAACCAUUAAAAAAAAGUAAAGUUAUUUUAAAAUCAAAUGAUGGUACUCAUGUAAGUGAUAGCGAUGAUGAGGAUAUAGAUGAGAUUGAAUCAGAUAAAGUCAAAAGUAAGAGUUUGGAAGAUGAAGAUGAUUCCGAAUAUAGUGACAGUGAUAAAGAAAGUAAAGUUGUGAAAGGAGUUAACCCUAUGGAUGCUUUAUUAGGGAUUUUCUAUUGUUCUGAUAAUUUCUUACGACAAAUUCUAGCUGUAAAACUUAGUGCAUGUCAGCUCAGCGUUCCCUUUAUUUUACCUGAUCCUGAUGAUCCAGUGGAGAAGCAAACUAUCUUGCUUUUAGCGUUGGGAAAAAUAAUAAAGUCUUGGAGAGGUGCCUCAAUCAAAGACUCCGCAAAAGAGGUGUACGCAACAGAACAUCCCUUUCCCAUAGUUUCAUUUAUCCGGGUGGGUAAUGUGACCAUGUCUAAGUCAUCUCUGAUGAACAAGAUUAUCAGCGACGCUAAUGGUGUUCAUGAAUUCUUCUUUCAUAAAAACAUUAAAGGUGGUGAUGUUAAAAGGAAAAUCGUAGAUGGUUUGGUUGAACUUGUGUGGUAUCUUCCAGGUAGGUGUGAGAAGAAUACCUUAAGAACUGAAAUCUGUUUUGCCAAUCUACGCGGGGAUGCUCAAAGUUUCAAGAAACAAGUUAAUAUAAUUCGAGAAAUAUCAAACAUUUUGUGUAUUUUAUUGCCCUCUGAAAUACCUGACGAACAAGCGAGGAAUUUUUUGGAAGAAGCUAUAUUAUCCAAAGGUAAAACACUGCUGAUUUUUAACGAAAAAAGGCAAGAAGAAGUGAACAAGUACUACAAAGAUUUAAAGAAGUAUCAUGGUACAAAAUUAUCUUUCUUUACAAAAGCACUUAAGCCAAACAAAUAUGAAUUUUUCGAAAGUAUUCGCCAGGUCAUACAGAAAAAUACAAAAGAUGCUGAAGAAAGUAAACUGAAAUCUUUAGAAAAUCUCAAAUGCCACUCAAAGGAAAGUGGUGUUUAUAUUGAUGAGGACCCAGCUUCUAUCAUAUUGGAAGAAACUGUGGAAACGUGGCUUUUUGAUGGGAUUCAAGAAGCAAAAAAGCUGUUUAAGCUACAAGGUCAUGUACCAAUUUUAGCAGAUUUAGAAAAAAAGAUACAUAAUCCAAAAUUUCGUCCCACUAUCAAACAAGAAGAAGUUGUCAAUGAAUUAUACAAAGAACUGGAAAAUGUAAAAAAGGCUCAGAUCGAAUCUUUCAAUAGUAUGAACAAAGGUGUUAUUAAAUUCCUUAAUUCCAUACCUGUAAUGAAUGAACAGGAACUGAAUAGAAAUUUGCAUCAUUUGAAGUAUUUAUUAGACAAAGCUUCUCUACUUGUGAUGACAGAUUUACAUCAAAAAUAUCGUCGGGCAUUACUUUCUGUUAAAGAACCUACCAAAAAUACGCACAAUGAUAAUCAAGAUUCACAAACCGAGGGAGAAAAGAAUUUAAAUAAACUGGAAGAAUUGAUAUUAAAGUCCUCAUUUGGUUUGGAGCAUAUCAUUAGAGAGGUUGCCCAACUUUAUCAGCUUCCUGAUAUUGCAGUAAAUGAUUAUGCAGGUGCUGCAGCAAAAAUUCUUCUUUCCGGGGAGCCUUUGGAAUUGCUGGAUGGUGAUUCAGGUUACAUACCAAUGAAAUGGUUUAAUGCUGUCUAUGAAGAAUUAGAAAAUCAAACAAAUAACGCUAGCAUUUACGUCAUUUCUGUGUUAGGUAUUCAAAGUUCGGGUAAAUCGACAAUGUUAAAUACAAUGUUUGGUUUAGAGUUUCCUGUAAGUGCAGGAAGAUGUACUCGUGGUUCUUUUGCUUGUCUUGUUCCACUUAGUGAUAAACUUAAAUGUGACACAAAUUUUGAUUAUGUGUUGACCAUCGAUACUGAAGGUCUGAAAGGAAUGGCUGACCCAGAAGUGAGAGAACACGAUAAUGAAUUGGCAACUUUUGCUGUUGGUGUUGCUGAUGUCACGAUUGUCAAUAUCUUUGGUGUAAACUAUAAUGAAAUGAAAGAGUUUUUAGCGAUGGCUGUUCAUGCUUUCUUGAAAAUGAAACUUGUGAAAGACAAGAAAUCAUGCAAGAUCGUCCAUCAAAAUGUUGCUGCUGAUGACGCUGCAGAUAAGUUAAUGAUGGAUAGGCGAAAUCUAAAACAAAAUCUAAACCAUAUGGCAAGGCUUGCAGCAAUACAAGAAAAUUGUGAAGAUCAGUUUCAAAAAUUAGAUGACAUAAUGGCAUUUGAUGAAAAUAAAGACGUAUUUUACAUACCAAGUCUAUUGAAAGGAAGUCCUCCCAUGGCUCCGAUAAACCCAAAUUAUGGUAGAGACUUGCAAGAAGUAAAGGAGAAUAUUAUUCAACUUAUGUGCUCAAAAGAAGUGGUCAAGCUAACUGUUUCUUCAUUCCGUGAACGAGUUAAAGGUCUAUGGCAAGCCAUGCUAAAGGAAGACUUCAUUUUUAGUUUCCGAAAUGUGAUCGAAAUCAGAGCUUAUGCAUCGUUAGACAAAAAAAUGUUCAAAGAAUCAGUAAUACUAAUGGUAAAUGGAAUGGCUGAAAUUGAGAGAAGUAUUGAAAGAGACUUGAAAAUAUGCACUACACGAGAAGAAAGAGAGAGAUGUUGGAUGAGCAGUAAAAAACGUAUAAUUGCAGAGGCAGAAGAACUCAAGACGAAAAUGGAGAAAGAAAUGCGGACGUUUUUUGAAAGUAGUGAAGAUAGAUCAACACUUGAACAAUGGAAAGAAGACGUGAUGGAUAAAAUUAAAAGAUACAAACGAAAUCAGGAAGCGUCUGUUAUAGAAAAUUGUGAGGCAACCUUCCACCAUCUGCAGCAAAAACAAGAUGUUGAAGAAAUGAAAAAAAAUUAUGAAAAACAACUUGUGGACAGAGCAAAAAAUUUAGUGCCAUCUCAAAAAACAAAUGACGAAGAAGAAUGUAAAGCAGCAUUUCAAAAAGAAUGGAAAGAAUGGAUUGGCGAAGUUCCCCUUUGUGAGGAAGUAAAGCGUGAUGUCAAUGAAUAUAUGCUUAAUAUUCUUCUAGCAGAAAAUUCUGAUCUUAAUGCUGACAUGAUCACGAAACUAAAGCCAAAAGAGUAUAGAAUUUCUGCUUUUUUUAAUGCUGAUCCUGUCAUUGAUAGAAAUGUGCUUUCAUUUAAUGGAGGGAGGGGUUUGAAAGUGGUCCAAAACGUGUAUAAUUGGUUCAUACACGAUGAUGUGUCAAGGGCAAGUAAUAUCAAAAAUAAAGUUAUCUCUCAAGGAAAGCAAAUUGUAGAGAGAGUUUCCAACAUUGCUGUUAGAUUUACUGAAAAUGAUCUUAUAACAAUGUAUGAUGAAAUCAUUUCUACCAUUGAUAAAGAAACAGAGAAACAAAACGUGAAGUUUAAAAAACCAUUAGUAUGUGACAUACUGUUAUACACAUUUGCCCGUGCCUUUCCUAUUUUUGAUAAAAUGGAAGAGCGUUAUGUUGAAGAGCGUGAUACUCGACGGAAUCUUGAAAGUACUUUAAGACCAAGGCUUGAAAAGUAUUUUAUCAACCUUUGCAAAGAGAUGGAGAAAGAAGUUUUGGCGGCCACGUCAUUGGUUGAUGUGCUUCGUGAGCCUAUAAUGUCAGAACUUAACAAAGGCAUUGUAAAAGCAGUUGUUACUAAGCUUUCCACGAAAAGCAUGUUUCUAAGCAAGGCUCACUUUCAUGCCAGUGUUUUGAUUCAACUUGGAGAAAACCCUAGUUUUGAAUUGUUUAUUCCUUAUUUGAAGAAUCCUGUUCAAUUUUUGAAAAAUAAAUUAAAGGAAUACGUCGAAGACUUUUGCUUGAACAAAGAAUCGAAACUGGUACGAUAUCUGUUAAAAGUUGAAGGAGAGAAGCUGAAGUCAGAUAUAUUUUCUGCCAUUGAAGUGGCAAAUAAGCAAGCUAGACAUGAAAUCGAACAAGGAAAUGAGAUUUGGAAAGUAAGGAAUUGGAUUAAAAAGUUUGUGGAACAGUGUUCUUCUCUUGCCAUCACGAAAGAAAUGUUUGCUGUCGCUACAUUGGAUGAAGAUUUAAAAGAAACUGAUAUAUUUGACGAAAAAAUUCGUGAGUUGGUCGAAAACUUUGUACAAUCCCUUACUGAUGCUGAACUGAAUAGUAAAACUAUAAGUAAUUGGCAGCCAGCACCCCACGAAAUGCUUUCAAAAUUAUUGCUUGGGUGUCAGGCUGUUUGUCCAUUUUGUAAAGCUUUGUGUGAUCAGACUAUGGAGCAGUCAAAUCUUUCCGACGAUGGUGAACACGUGACAGAAAUACACCAGCAAUACUCGACAAAAUUACACCGUCCUCUGGGUUUGGCAGGUCAUUACAAUUCCGAAACCAAGAUAUUGAUUUCCGAUAUUUGUACAUUUCUUGUAGCUGGAGAUGGAACAUUUCAAAACAUUGACACAAAUUGGAAACCACAUCCCUACAAAGAUUAUCAGUCAGUAAACGAUUACUACAAAUCGUGGAAAAUUCCUCCAGAUCUCUCUUUUGAAGCGUCUAGGUAUUGGCAAUGGUUCAUGGUAAAGUUCUCGAAACAACUGGCGAAACAUUAUGAAGCAAAGGAAGCAAAAAUACCUUCGAGUUGGAAAAGUGUGGCCUUCAGUGAGGCCGUAAAACAACUGAAGGAGGAAUACGACUUAUAAAAAUCUUCAUCAAAAACAUCGUCUGAAGUCGAUUUUUAAUCAAUGCUCUUUUUGUACCUCGUUUUUGUUGAAAUAUAAUUUGAUCAGUACCGGAAUCAUUUGAUGUUUUUUUUGUUAAAUAAAUGUUUAAAGAAGUAUACUAAAACUGUUGUGAUUAAAUUUUUGUAUUGUUACACCUACCAAUGCGUUCAUGAAAUAUGGCGAUCAAUUUGUUUAGAACACUACAUAUAAUUUAGCAACCUUAACUAUGUAAUCUGUACUUAUUAAAAUACAUCCAGUUAAAUAUUCAUUUCGUGACUAUAUAAACUACAAGUAAUUUACCUUCCAAAACAUUAAAUAAAUAAUGUAACGAUAAAUAACAAUUUUAAAUACAAUUUAAUUUGUUGUGCUUGGUCUUAGCUAUAAUUGUUAGAAAGACAAACAGAAUAACAUAUUCACUAUGACGAAAACUAAUCACAUUGACAACAUAAAAAAACAACAAACGGCAAUGGUGAGAGUCAAAAUAGACUUUACAUCUUAUUUAUGAUAAAUAACCUGUGGCUUUCAACAUUACGUGCAAAGACCCUUUUCUUUAUGGAGGUCGUGGUGACAAAGCAAUAUUAUACUGACUUAUUGGUGAAAGGAGAACAUUGUUAUGAUUGAAAUCGAUAAAAUGUUUUGUUGCUAAACUUUCAUUUGGAAUUUUGUCGUGAUAUAUGUUUCUCUCACAAAAAGUGCUGUGGCUUGUUCAACAAAUUCUUUUGUCGCUAAAAUAUUCCUUUAAUAACAUGACCCAUAAUUUAAUCUUAUAGACUUCAAUUAAUUGCUUCAAUUUAAUUAGAAAAGCAGCAAAGUAGUCCUUCUUAACGUUAUUUGUUGCACAUAAUUUUUAUUUUAAAGUCUUGUAACUAAGCAUAAUUCUCUAGAUUGUAAUUUCGUAUGAUGUAUGUUGUGUACGAGUCUUAAUAACGUAUGAGACCGUCAAUUAUUAAUUGUAACUAUAUUUAAUUUUUCUGAUGAUACUUCUAUAUAUCAAUUAUCGUUUACUUUUCUUAAACAUGUAAAAAUUUAUAUAAAAUGUAAGCAUGUUAUUAUCUACACGAAUACGUGUUAUUGCAUAACCGGUAUUUUCGUUGCAAAAUGUCGUAAUAUGAAACAAUACAACCACAAUACCUGUACAACAUUUGAAUCAUAUUCAUAUUUUUCAUGUGUAACUCACGGGAAAAUGAUCCACCAUGUCGGUUGAUAACAAUAAAAUAUUACGAUUUUUUUUUGUUGA